GGUGCUGUAGAGACCAAGGAGAGGCAGGAGCCCCCAUCUGCACACACGGCGAAGGGUCGCAGCCGGCCCUGCUCUCCGCUCGCCUUGGGCCACCAGAUGCUGCCGGCCGGGCACGGAGACAGCAGCAGAGACUCACGCAGGUCCCCGAUCGAGAGGCCGGCUGCGCGGGUCAGGCGGACGGCCACCCCCUGCCUUCCUUACCCACGCGGGGUCUGGACGGAGCCGCCCUCGGGCUCUCCCUCUGCAAGGAAGCAACACGGCUGCGCCCGGGCCCACCGCGGGGCCACAUGUGACCUUCAUUUCUUCCCCCCACCUCCAAACCCAGCCACCAUGCGGCAGAGGGAGCCGGAGGUUAGGGCUUCAGCACAGGAAUCUGGGGGGACUGAAGCUUUUGUCUGUAAGACUGUGCGGAGUGAGUCACCGGAGUGACCUUGCGGGUUAGCCCGUCCCUCGUAAGGAGCUGAGCCGGUCCUUGUCCUCCGUUCACCGUUGUCUGGACGUAGCGUAUGCUCCAGUAACAGCUUCGGGGGUACCACGGCUCCCGGCAAAGGGAGAUGUUCCUGUGUUCGGACUCGUUUAAAGCUCGGCACAAUCCUGCCUUCUUCCUUCCUGCCUUUUCCCGAGGGGGAAACUGAGGUGGGAAGCGCAUUUCCACGGAAGGACCGUCUUCGGCAGUGGGGCCGGCUCCGGAAUCCAGGGCUCCCAAGCAGGUUUGCUCCCCGGCGAGGCUUGGCCACGGUUAUCUGACGUCUUGGCCGGGUCGCAGGGGUGGAGGCUGAGAUCUGUGUGAGGGUGUGUCCUGCUCCUGCUCGGUCUCAGGAACAGAACGACCUCGCGCUCCGGGAGAGGCUCGUGAGCCCCGAUCUGGGAGCCACCUGGAGUCAGGGCGGCGGCCACACUUCACCCCUGCCUGCUCCUCCUUCGCCCACCUGCAGGGCCGGGUGCCCCUGCUGGCCGCCUCACCAGGGGCUGGACAUGCGCCAGCUUUCCGAUUAACAAAGGGCCUUUGACGCUGGCUCCAAGACUGCAAAUUCCAGCCGCAUUCCCGAAGGAUGAGACAACCCGCUCCAGUGACAGCCUUGGCACCCGCCGGACCACAGGUCCUGGGACCAGGAGCCGAGCCACGGGUCCACGAGGCUGCUUGGGGUCCUCUGCUGCGUCCGUGUCCCUACCGCUUCUUUGAGCAGCCUGGUCACAGACUCAGUCGUCCCACGUCCCCCACCCCCCACCUCUGUGGUCUCCCUGGGCCCCCUCCAUGCCAUGGCGUCCAUACCAUCUCCAAGGCUGAUUUUCAAGCCACACCUGCCGUCCACACCAUUCUCAUACCUUCCUGCACUGCCUCCCGGUGCGUCUGCCCAAGUUGGACUCCUACCCCGUCAGCAGUCAUGCCCCACCGGACGCCCCCCCGGCUUGCCCACUUUCUCAGCUCAAGAGCCUGGAGGCCCCUGAGCUCCACUCCCGGCGCCCACUGCCCACCGCCCUCUCCCCAGCCCACACCACGGCUGCACCCCGAGCCCCAGCACCUGGCGCUGGACGGCCACACGGGUCUGCCGCAGCUCUCUGCGCAGAGUAUCCGUCCCAUACUGGCCCGAGGUAGGAACCAGAGAUCAGACGCCGCCACUUCCCUGCUCGUCAGCGAGGGCUCCCUACCUCCCUGGGGCUAAGACCCCUCGCUGCCGGCUCCCCCCGCCCAGCGCACGGACCUGUCCCAGGCAGCACGUCCACACCGGGUGUCCGUGGUUGAGCCCGACAAGCCUUCCCUGCCUCUUGCUGCUGUACCACGGUUCCCUCCCGAGGGUCUCGUCCCCCCCCCCGCCGACAUCGUGUCCCCACGCAGGCUCCUCCGCUCUCCACCAGCCUGUCCCCAUCGUGCUCCGCUCCUGAUGUCCCCGGACCGUGAGAAAGCAGAGCCUGAGAGAGAGGAGGACCCAGGCGGGGAUCAGGAGACCAUCCCAUCGGCCCGUCCACACCCGCAGGAUUGUUCAGCCUUAACGGGGGAAGAUCCUGUCUCCAGCUGCAGCACCGGUGAACCUUGAGGACACCGUGCCAAGAGCACUAGCCAGACCCAGAGGACACGCGCUGAAUGACUCCAGUCCCAUGAAGCACCUCGAGGAGUCAGGUCCUGAGACACAGCAAGAGAACGGCGCAGGCCUGGGGCUGGCGAACGGCAGGAAGGGGAGGUGGUGGCCGGUGACAGCUGCCAUCGGGCCACGAGGGUUCUGGAGUUGAGCGGCGCGGACAGUCGCACGGCUGUGUGCGUGAAAACGGUUCCAUGCCAGACGCGCUGUACACACAUGCGCGUGCACAUGCACACUCUGGGUGGCCCCGGGUGGGCCCACGCCCUCUGGGCCGGCCGGCACAGUCCCGGCCUGUUGGGGUCUCCGUGCAGCAGGAUCCCGUUGCCCCCACCCCGCGGUCCGCCCCCCGCGACUGGAGUGAAGCCGGUGCUCGGCUGGUUUGCCUUCAGCAGGGCUCCGUGUCCAGGUCACCGACAGCGUCUCCCGAUCGGGCUCCUUCCUCUGCGUGUCCCAGAGCAGACUCGGGGCCCCAGCGCUCACCCCUGUUGCCAUGGCAUCCCGGCUCUGGCACAUUUACAUACGCUGACCACAGCGCCGGAGACGCGCCAUUGUCCCCUCACGGCCCCUUCUGAGCCCUCCAGGGUCCAAGGGCGAGGCCGGGGUCGGCGCUCAAGACCUCGAUGGACCCACAAACGUCUGCUCCGGCUGCGAAGACGCUGGUGGGGCUGUUUCCAGAAGGAGACUGAGCCGCCUCUGCUUGUCGGGUUUGGAGACAAUCAUUCAUCUCGCCUGCGGAGGGAGAAACUGCUAUUUUUGCCUCCGCAGAUGCCGUCAGAGAGCAGCACUGGGAGCGGGGAAGCAGCGCGGGACGGCCGGCUCUCCCGCGGAGGCUGGGCGCAGGGCUCUGCGGCCUCUGUGCAACGAGCCAGACGCCGGAUGCCGCAGCCCCAGGCAGAGGCUCCCUCUGGUCACCGUCACUCGUACCUGGGCUUUCUUGCUGCUCCCAGAGACGCAGCUGUCCCCAGAAGACUGUCCUUCCGUGCGCGGCUUCUCGCCUGGCCCUUCUCCACCCCCGCCUCUUGUCCUCCGGGAAGCGGGAACGGGAGAAAGCCCGGACAGGCGAGUCCGUGCUUCCGCGGUCUGCUGGUGCUGUGCUCCCCACCGCGGCCCCGCAUGGCCGCCGGGUCUGGAGGAAGGCGGGGUCCUGGCCGCAGGGUUCCCGGGAGGCAGGGCUGGCGGGGAACAGGGAGACCCAGGAGCGACCGCAAGUCAAGGGCACCAGGGACGGCGAUCUGGGGCCCCAGAGGACGCGCGGUCCCCGGGGAAACACUCCGUCCAUCACGGAGAAGCUGACCGCCUGAGGGGAUGCGCGUGUCAAGUCAAAUUUCCAAACACAAGUGGACGACUGUCUGGCCGGCCGGAGCCCCGACGAGGCCCGUGUGCCCCUGCUGUCCCCAGGCCACAGCUCCCCGUCCCGAGCCCCCUCGCAGGGCCCAGUGGAAGCCGGGUCACAUGAGAAGUCCCUCUCCUGGGCACGUUUUUCAAACACAACAUGUUCUCCAGAAAACAUGUCCAUGGGAAUGUGUUGUCAGGACGACUGUGAAGCCGAGAGAGCGGGGGCUGGGGGUGGCUGAGCAAGGACCACAGUCGGGUCGUGGACACUACAGAGGCUCCCCUCCAUCCCGCUGGACAGAGCACAGGUAGCCCCCUCCAGCGGGUCCUCCAGGGUCUCGGGGCCCGCGGGAAGGGGUCUGCUUCCUCCUGUCCUCCUGGGCGCCGGGCUGGACUCCCCCAUCCAAGGAGCAAAGACAGGCAGGGGCUGGCAGAACCCAGGGCGCACCUGUCUUGAGCUUAGGCCUAUGGUUAAGUAAAGCCCAGGAGGCCAGGA